CACAAAUCUGCCUUGCAUCUCCCUCUUAUCUGUUCCUUCCAGCCCCUGUCAGCGUGCAUACGAACCGAUUUCAUCGCAGAUCUAUCAUUCCUGGAAUCCCACCAGACCAGCCAGCACCGUGAUGAAGCUGCUCUCUGCCCUCUGCCUCAUCGCCCUCUUGGGCACAGCACUCUGUCAGGAUGCCGCGCCACCCGCAGCAGCAGAGCCUAUGGCUGAGCCGAUGCCCGAAGGCACCACCGAGGGGGACGUGGAAAUCGACUGCGACAUCGCCGAGAACGCCGUGCUCGACGAAUGCCGUAGGCAUGCAUGGAGACACGCACUCACACGCGCAUGGGGUGCAUGGGGGUGGUGCAUGUGACUCACGAGGGCAUGGUGUGUGUCUGUGUGUGCUGUGUCAGAGGAGGUGAGUGGGCAGGUGCCUCUCGUCGAGCCGGGAAUGCCCCCGGCGGAGACUGAAGUAGUGAAUGCCACAGUCGCCGGCGAAGGUGAGAAGAGACACGGGUCUGCCUCAUGUGGUUUCACGUGCCCUUCAUGUGGGUGUGUUGUUGUGUCCUCAUCUUUCUCGUUCAGCGUUCGUGUGCAUGCCGGCUGCACAGUACGGUGGAUACCGCCGGUUGGGCAGGAAGAAGAACCACUACGGCGGCGGUGGCGGUGGCGGUGGCUACACGAAGACCUAUCACACCAAGGGCUACGACUGCACCUACGGCGGCAAGGGCGGCGGAUGCACUGGAAAAGAGUGCGGUCAGUGAGGAGGGAGUGGACAUGCACAUACACACAGAAAGAUAGCACGGAACACAUGAGCUCAUCUGUGCUGUCCGGUCAUGUUGUGGCUGUGCAGUCGAAGGGCCUGUCGAUGGCUCAUCGUCAUCCUCAACCACAACCACAGAAGCACCCACUUCCGCACCCGGCAGUGUCCCCGCGGUGGCUUAUGCUCCUCCUGAGGGUGCUGAAGCUGCUCCCCCUUCCAACCGACAGCUCGGCCAGAAGCACUACAGCCACGGCGGCUACUACGGCCACGGCGGCUACUCCGGCCACGGCACGUACUACGGCCACGGGAAGCACGGCGGCUACAGCGGCCACGGCAAGUACUACAGCCACGGCAGCAAGGGCGGCUACAAAUGCGCUGACAAGACCUGCGGUCAGUGAGGAGGCAGUGGACACACAGACACAAGAGCACGGGCGACAUGGGCUCUCAUCUGUGCUGUCCGGUCAUGCUACGCGUGUGUAGGUGAGGGUGGUGAGGGUGGUGAGGGUGGUGAGGGUGGUGACGGUGGUGACGGUGGUGACGGUGGUGUUGGUGAGCCCGGGAGUGUGCCUGAGGCUGUGCCCGCUGUGGCGGCUCCUCCAGCUGCUGCUGGUUCCACUGGUAGUGCUCCUCCCCCCACCCGACAGCUCGUGGAGUCCUGUAGCGGUAGCAGUGGCACCUCAUGUGGUGAGAACAAGAAAAGACACAUGCCCACCGGACACGAUUACUCACCUUUUGUAUCUUGUCUUGUCCGACUGCAGGUGCACGUGCUCCGGUGCCUGCAGCUGCCAAUUGCGUGCCUGCUGCAGAGGGUGGAGCACUCCCACAAGGAUGCGGUAAGGGAGGCAGACAAGUGGUGCAUGCAUCAGUCACAGCACGUGAUGUCUGUCCAUGUGUUUUGUGUCACUGUCAUAACUCCCGCUGAAGAUGAGGCAUCACCUCCUGCUAUGGCAGAGGCCGCACAAGCACCGGCACCGGUGGCUGCUUCUGCUCCUGCUGAUGGCUCUCGACGACUGCAGACUCAGGGGGCGGCGGCGGCGUGUGCCAACGGCGUGAAUCCAGAUGGCACACCGUGCGGUAAGUGAGAAUCACAGACACGUGCGAUCAUAAGUGCAGGUGUUCAUGUGUGGAUGUGUAUGGUGUCUUUGCGGCAGGUGCAACUGCAGCAUACGCCACCCCUCCGCAGCAAGCCAUGGCAGCAACACCACAAUAUGCGGCGCCUGGUAAGACAGACAAGGCAACACGGAGAGAAGCUGUCCGAGCCAGCAUUCACUGGCACUGGUGUGCUGUGUGCGCGCGCGUCAGGUUCCUCAUGCAUCCCCGGUGGCCGUCGUCUUGGCACGGGCUCGAAGGGCUACGGCUCCUCGUGCGGCUACUCGAGUGGUGGCCACGGGGGCUACUACAGCGGCGGGCACCAAAAGGCGUCAUGCGUCGGCUCUGACGGAACGACUGCCGUCGACUGCAGCGGAAGUGAGCAACGAAGAAUCUGCACCCCACUUAUACCAUCCAUGGAAUGCAUAUCCAUUUCGUCUCGUGCUGUGGCUCCGUUCUCUCGCUCAGGCUAUAUUACUCCAACAGAUACUGCAUCGGCACCCCCAUCACAAUCCUCCUCCGCAGCAGCCCCCGUCGCAGCACCCCCAGCCGCAAGUUCCACUGCCAGCGCCCCAACCCCACCCACUGGCGGCGGCCGCCGGUCCCUCCGUGCCGACCUGACGAGAGUGGAAGGUGAUGGGACGGCGGCUGAGAUGGUGGCGGCCCCUGCUGGUGCUGCGCCAGCUGCUGCUCCUGCUGCUGUGGCAGAGGCGGUCACUGAGGCCCCCGCUGAGGAGGAGCCCUGAGGGCGACUGACUGGCUGACGUGACACUUGACUGACUGCUUGGCUGCGUGGAUGGAUGGGUGUGUGCGAGGGGGCGGGGGAGUGAGUGUGUGGCUGUGUCUGUUUUGCAUACCUAUCUAUCUAAACUGGCUGCCUGUCUGCGUGUCACGUGUCGAGAGAGAGUUGAGUCGUGGUGAUGCAUGCGAUGACGAUGCAGAUGCACAGUUCCUAGCGUUUUAUUCCUUGGCCCCCACACACUUUAUUCCUUGGCCCCCACACACACGUCACACACACCGCCACACCCCCACUCAUCACACGCACAUCUAUCUGUCGUGGAUGCAUUGAUGGCUACAUGGAUGGUUGAGUGAUUGCCUGGUGUUGUGUGGUGUCGGUGCGUCUGUGUGUAUUUAUCUCCCGGCCGUGUCAGUCGGGCCAGCAGCAUUGGUUGUCUGGUUCCCUGGCCGGUCGGUCGGUCGGCUGGUUGGUUGGUUGGUUCCUUCAUGGCUGUUUAUGUUUCUGGCGGUCCAUGGACAGUGGACAGCGCCUUUUUUGCCUGCCAUACAUGCGAACGAACGAACAAACGGACGACAAGAAUGAGCGAUCGAGCGGUUGAUUACAUAUUGGUGACCAAUAUAUUGGUAGCUGCUGCAGAGACAGAGUGGGAAGACGACAAGACGAGACAUUGUGUGUGUGUUGGUUGGUUUUCCCUUGUGUCUUUGUGUGCGCUGUGAUGUGAUGUGAUGUGAUGUGAGACAAAAGGGGCGGUAUGAUGGGUCGCGGCGGCCGAUUUUGGAAGGAAGGUGUGUGCGAUGUGGGCGGUGAGCUCUCUGACGGACGUCUAGCAAGCGAGCACAGGAAGGAUCCAUGAAUGGAUGGCUGAGAUGUUUUCUGUGGUGCGGUGCGGUGCCUGAGGUCGUCUUUGCCCUGAAUGGAUGGAUGGAUGGAUGUCAGGCAUCUCUCGCUCUGGCGCGGUCAUUUGCUGUCUGGCCCGGCUGCCGGUAGGCAACGCGGGCGAUGUACACUUUUUCUUGUACAACGGUAGUCUGGCUGGCUGACUGAUUCUUUCUGGCUGGCGCUCUUGCUUGCCUGCCUGCCUGCUUGCUGGAGGUCUCUGACUGGAUGACACGGGCACCCACCGACUUGCUGCCCGCCUCUGCGUGCGUUCGCCGCCCACCCACCCCGCCCCAUGUGUGUGUGAUGUGAAGUGACGUUGAAGUGAGAGUGAGUGAGAGUGGGUGCUUUUGUGUAUGGCCAUGCCAUGUGAUGUCAUGUCAUGGAUGUGAAGUGGUGUGUGUUGAUGUGCGUGGUGUUUUGUCACCCUGCAAAUUCGUCUGGUGCCCUUUUGUUUACUAUCGCCACCACCCCAUCCACUCACACGUCCCAUACCCCACAGCCACACAGCACACCAUGCAUGAAGAGAGAGCGAGCUGCCCAUAAGCAUGCAUGGGGAUUUAAUUCAUGCGUACAUGCUGGCGGACACACUGGCUGACUGACUGACUGACUGGCUGACUGUCCCAUAAUACCGCAGGUAGGGGAGGGAAUGAGGAUCGCAGGUGGGUAAUCGCACAUGGACGGAUGGGGUUGAUUGAUUGAUUGUAUUGGUUGCCUCUCUGUUUGUCAAUUCCUUUUCCCGCCCUUUUACCAAAACGACAGACGAUAGCUAGCUAGCCGGCCGGCUGGUGUAGAGCGUUGUAGGGAUAGUGACGACCGACCGACAAAGGAGUGAUUGGGUGGGUGAGUGGCCGCCAUCGAUUCGAGUGAUGAGUGCGUGUCUGUCUGAAUGACCUGCCCGUUUUGAAUGACUGAAUGUGAGUGACCGUAUGUAUGGUGUGGAUGCCAUGGCUGCAUGCGAGAGGG